AUGGGUCCAUUAUGUGAAAGUAUUCAUGUUCCAUCUGUAUCAACUUGUUAUUGUGGUUUAAGUCAUCAUCGAGAAUUUAAACAACGAUGGGAUGAACAUAUUUCUGCAUUGAAUACAUAUGAACUUGAUCAUUUACUUGUUAUUCAAUUUCGAAAUCUAUGGAAUGAAUGGACAACACUUGUACAACAGCAACAAGUUCAAACAAAUAUUUGGCUUUAUACUGAUCGAGCUAAUAUAUCGUGGCCAGUUACAAUCGGGUUUGUUUGGCCAUCUGUACUUGAAUAUAUGUCAUCAUCAUUAUCUCGUAUACCGAUUAUUCUUGAUUUUCAUGUUACAUUAAUUAAUAUAACUAAAACACAAAAUGUUAUUAUUUCAAAUCCAUCUUCAGAUCUUGUUACGUAUUCAGUUGAACUUCUUAAUAGUUAUCCAAAUAAUUCAAAAUCAAUUAUCAAUGAUCAAAUUUUUACUAUCUCAACAACAUCACAAGAAAUAAAAUUAAUCAAUGGUAUUUAUAAUUUUAAUCUUUCAUCUAAUGAUCAAAUAUUAUUUACCGUAUUCUAUCAACCAACAUCAUCGAUCAAACAUGAAAUGUAUCUUGUUGUUCGAAAUAAUUUAACAAUAAUUGAAUCAAUACAUUUGCGUGGUGAAGGUGGUAUUGGUAGUUUACAAGUUGGAAAUCGUCAAGCUGGUUCAUCACUUAUUCCAAUUGUUUUAAAAAUAGAUGAAAAACAGUAUGGACUUUGUUCAAUAGAUAAAAAUGAAAACUCGUUAUUACGAAAAGUUGUAACACUUCGUAAUACAGGAAAUAUGAAAACAAUCAUACAUGAUAUAUCAUUUAGUCAUUCGAAAUGUUCUGGACAAGGUUUUUCAGUUUCAAUUUGUACUGAUAUUGAAAUCGAACCGCAUGAAAAAUAUGAUCUGAAAAUUUUAUUUCAACCGGAUUAUACAUCUGAUGAAAUAAAUGAAACAUUAAUAUUAAAUACAAAUACUGGUCUUAUGACAUUUCCAAUUAUUGUUCAAAUUUCACAACGUGUUUUAUUGUCAUGUUAUAAAACAAUUCCACGUCCUCCGUGGGAAUUACGAACAUAUGGUUUAUGUUUUUGUUCAUUUUUCCUUUUUAUUAUCCUAAUUUUUGCCACAGCUGUUUAUGAAGCUCGAAGAUUAUUUGAUAAUUAUUUAACUCGAGCAGAAUGGCGUGAUCGUAUGCAAAUGACAAAUAAUAAAAUCUUUGAUCUCAGCGAUUUAUCAUUAGCCGUGCAAGACGAACAAAAAGCACGUGAACGACUUGAAUCAAAUUCAACAACAGACACGAAAAAAGAAAAGACUAUAGAAACGUCAAAGACUGAAAGUAAACGUAAACGCUCAAUGACAUCGAAUAAUGACAAUGAAGAUAAAUUGUUGAAAUCCACUCAAACUUCGGAUGGAUCGAAUACAACUUUUCGAUCAGUAGGUGUAAGUCCUAAAGCAAUGUCACCUAAACAAAGACGAGCGACAACGGAUAGUGGUCCAUCAAAGUUUUCGAAACCACAACAAGAAAUAUUGCCAAAAAAACAAUCAUUACAAAGACGAAAAUCAGAUCAACAUACAUCGGUAACUCCACGAAAAACUGUUUCAUCAACAACCAUGUCCGAAGAAGAAAAUGAACCAUUUGUAGUUGCUCGAUCAAGACGUGUUUCGAACAAAGCAAAAGAAUCAUCUACUAAUAUUGCUUCUCAGUCAACUGUCGAUACUACUAUUGCAACAAAACAAAAACCUUCUGUACAUUCUCAUCAACAAGAUUUGUUGCAAUUAGACGAUUCUGUUAAUGAUCAACAAUGGCAUAGAGUCAGUUCUAAUAAAGGACAACGUAAAGGACCUACAACUCGACGAGAAACAACUGAUGAAACUCAGACAACGAACAAAAUCAUCAAAGUAACGUCAACUAAUUCUGAAAAUCCAAGGACACUAUCAUUAUCAUCACCAUCAUCACAUAAACAUAGUUCUAUUUCACAUGAAACAACACCAUUGCAUCAUCAUCCAUCACGAGACCGCUCUGCUCUUAAUCCAUCGCCCACGCCAGUUCCUAUUUUAACAGAAAAAAAGGGUUUACAGGGUGACACAUCUUUAAUUCCUACUAUUCGAGAAUUGUCAUUACGUCAGUUAGCGGAACAGUUAUGGGCAGCUAAACUGCCGUCAUCAGCGACGGCAUGCUCAAUGUCUAUACGUUCACGUUGUUCAUCAGCACCAGCAUCUGAACAUGGUGGUGCUCAGAAUGAAACAACAAAAUCUGAUCGGAACGAUAAUGGAAAAGAAGAAAAUAUCGAUUGGGAUGAACCAGAUAUACCUGAUGAGGGUAAUUCUAGCUGCUUUUAUCCCUGCUAUUUAAUAAUUAAUAACGCUUGCUUUGGUGGCUGA